UCUCAAAUGUCACUGUCAGCGAUGGCAAGAAAAUAAACAAAAACGUAUUUACAUUGUAUUUUUUCCUAAAAAGUCCAAAUUUUCAAAAAAAGUAUGUUAAAGUGAUCAAAUUUCUAUAAUAGGAUCCUGCUUUAUCAAAGACUAAGGAUCCAAGCUGGCGCCUACUAGUUUUUUGUAACUCUGGUCGUUACUGAACCAAAAGAAGUUAUUCUACAAAAAUGAAUGAUAAUCUGGCAGAUUUAGAACCAAAUAUAAGAUCUUUAAACAGCAGAGAAAAAUGCUAUGUCCGCUUUAUAAAUACUACUGAUAGAAUAGUCGACAUUAUGUGGAUUGAUUUUACUGGAUUAUAUUGCCGAUACAGGGUUAUAUCAAAGGGCGAAUACAUUGAUAUAAAUACUUAUAAAACCCACCCAUGGAUAGUUAAGGACUUUAUGACUAAAGAUAUGUUACAUAUUGACGGCUCAUUUGUAUAUCAUCCAAAAACAACUAAAGAAGUGAUCCUAGAAAGAUACCCUGACAGGCCACUGCCCCAAAAUCAUGAAGCCAGAAUAAGGGCCUACAUAAUGCUUCCUAUGUAUAGCUUAAGGUAUGCUUGUGUCUUGUCAUUAAGAAAUAUAUUAUAUCGGGAACAGGAUGUUGAUCAGCUCUGUUUGCCAAAGCAGCUAAGUGAAGAUCUGAAAAAGGCUAUUAGUAAAAGAAAUAGGGAAUGCUCUAUGCAGGUGAGCUGUAGAGCCUUGGAAUAAUAAUAUUUUGUAUAUAGAUUUUUGUAAUUAUAGAUCUAUUUAUAAACACUAAUUGUAACACUUUAAGAUAAUAUAGUAUAAGUAUAUUAUGAUAAUAUAUAACUUAUAUAUAAGUAGCAGUAUAAUCUGCAGUAAAUUGCCAAUUAGUAAGGAUAUAUUUAAAUUACAUGUCACUUUAUAUUGCAUUGUUUAUUUAUAUUUGUUAUUUUGGUUUUUACAAUUUUAUGCUAUAGAAACAAUAUUUAAAUAAAUAUGUAUAUAAAAGUAAGAAAAGUCUAGUUAAAAAAGAAUGAAAUUUGUACAUUUAUUCCUGAUGAAUUAAAUAAACUUUUGCAAUGCAUUGAC